AUGGAAUCCCCAACCAAGGAGAUUGAAGAAUUCGAGAGCAACUCCCUGAAACACCUGCAACCUGAACAGAUCGAGAAAAUCUGGCUUCGGCUCCGAGGGCUGCGGAAAUAUAAGAAAACAUCCCAGAGGUUACGAUCUUUGGUUAAACAGUUAGAGAGAGGGGAAGCUUCCGUGGUAGACCUUAAGAAGAAUUUGGAAUAUGCAGCCACAGUGCUGGAAUCUGUAUACAUUGAUGAAACCAGGCGACUUCUGGAUACAGAGGAUGAGCUCAGUGACAUUCAGUCAGAUUCUGUGCCUUCUGAGGUCCGAGACUGGCUGGCUUCCACCUUCACGCGACAGAUGGGGAUGAUGCUCAGAAGGAGUGAGGAGAAGCCCAGGUUCAAGAGCAUUGUGCAUGCAGUGCAGGCUGGAAUAUUUGUGGAGAGAAUGUAUAGACGGACAUCAAAUAUGGUUGGACUGAGCUACCCGCCUGCUGUUAUUGAAGCAUUAAAGGAUGUGGACAAGUGGUCCUUUGACGUCUUUUCCCUCAACGAGGCCAGUGGUGAUCAUGCCCUGAAAUUCAUUUUCUAUGAACUCCUCACACGCUAUGAUCUGAUCAGCCGUUUUAAGAUCCCCAUUUCUGCCCUCGUCUCAUUUGUGGAGGCCUUGGAAGUAGGAUACAACAAGCAUAAAAACCCUUACCAUAACUUAAUGCAUGCCGCUGACGUCACACAGACGGUACAUUACCUCCUCUACAAGACAGGGGUGGCGAACUGGCUGACGGAGCUGGAGAUCUUCGCUAUAAUCUUCUCAGCUGCCAUCCACGAUUACGAACACACCGGAACCACCAACAAUUUCCACAUUCAGACUCGGUCUGAUCCAGCUAUUCUGUACAAUGAUAGAUCUGUGCUGGAAAACCACCACUUGAGUGCAACCUAUCGCCUUCUGCAAGAGGAUGAGGAGAUGAAUAUUUUGGUCAAUCUUUCAAAGGAUGACUGGAGGGAGUUUCGAACCUUGGUUAUUGAGAUGGUGAUGGCCACAGAUAUGUCUUGUCAUUUCCAACAAAUCAAAGCAAUGAAGACUGCUCUGCAACAGCCUGAAGCGAUUGAAAAGCCAAAAGCCUUAUCCCUUAUGCUGCACACAGCAGACAUCAGCCACCCUGCAAAAGCAUGGGACCUGCACCAUCGCUGGACCAUGUCCCUGCUGGAAGAGUUUUUCAGACAGGGUGACAGAGAAGCUGAGCUGGGACUGCCCUUUUCUCCUCUGUGUGACAGAAAGUCAACCAUGGUUGCUCAGUCACAAGUAGGUUUUAUUGAUUUUAUCGUGGAACCCACCUUCACUGUGCUCACUGACAUGACUGAAAAGAUUGUGAGUCCUUUAAUUGAUGAAACCUCCCAAACGAGUGGGACAGGACAGAGGCGCUCAAGUUUGAACAACAUCAAUUCAUCAGAUGCAAAGCGAUCAGGUGUCAAGAGCUCUGGGUCAGAAGGAAGUGCUCCUAUCAACAAUGCUGUCAUCCCUAUUGACUAUAAGAGUUUUAAGGCCACUUGGACCGAGGUGGUUCACAUCAACCGGGAGAGAUGGAGGGCGAAGGUGCCCAAAGAGGAGAAGGCUAAGAAGGAAGCAGAGGAAAAGGCUCGCCUGGCUGCAGAGGAGAAGCAAAAGGAAAUGGAAGCCAAAACCCAGACUGAAGAAGGUGCAUCCAACAAAGCUGAGAAAAAGACAUCUGGAGAAACUAUGAAUCAAGUCAAUGGAACACGGACAAACAAAAGUGAUAACCCUCAAGGGAAGAACCCCAAAGACGAGAAGUCAUCAGGAGAAAAGCAACAGAAUGGUGACUUUCAAGAUGGUAAGAAUAAGACAGACAAGAAGGAUCACUCCAACGUCGGAAAUGAUUCAAAGAAAACAGAUGGUACAAAGAAGCGUUCUCAUGGCUCACCAGCCCCCAGCACUAGCUCUGCAAAUCGACUGACCUUGCCAGUCAUCAAGCCUCCUUUGCGUCACUUUAAACGCCCUGCUUAUGCCUCUAGCUCCUACGUAUCUUCAGUUCCAAAGAAAACUGAUGAUCAUCCUGCAAGGUACAAGAUGCUGGAUCAGAGGAUCAAAAUGAAAAAGAUUCAGAAUAUCUCACAUCACUGGAACAAAAAAUAGAGCAACACAAAAAAGAGAAGGAGUGAAAGAGGUCCUCCCUGUCUGCCUCUCAGCACCUACUGGACACAGCAGGACAUGCCUUCCAGAUCCUUGGAGGUGGACAGAGCUGGUACCAUCAUGAUUGACUCCAUCAUGUCAAAAUGAAGACUGUGUGUGAUUUUACCAUUUGUCAUUCUUUUAUUGACUCAUCAAUCACUGGAUUUAGGGUCAAUCCAGACUUCUGCAGCAAAAUAGUAAGCAGAUUGUUUCAUGUGGCUUUUAUCGUGUAGGUCUUUCAAAGCGUAAAAAUAAUACAUAAUAUCCACAAAAAAUGAAGUUCCUCU